AUGGCCUCACCGACCAUCGUCCUCAUCACCGGCGCCAGCCGUGGCAUCGGCCGCGGUAUCUUCGAGCUGUACGCCGCCAAGCCCAACCACACGCUCAUCGCCGCCAACCGCAACCCGGAGGACGGGCCUUCGCAGGAGCUGCUCAAGCUGCCCACCGCCGCCGGCACCACCGUGCAGCUGGUCAAGGUCGAUGCGACCGACGACGACGACGCGCGCAAGGCGGUCGAGACGCUGAAGUCGCGCGGCAUCGAUCAUAUUGACACCUUGAUCGCCAACGCGGGCAAGGCGACCGCCUGGCCGAAGCUCCAGGACGCCAAGAUCGCGGACAUCCAGGACCACAUCAACACCAACGUCUACGGCUUCGUCCGCCUGUACCAGGCGGUGCUGCCACUGCUCAAGGCUUCCAAGGACGCCAGGCUCAUCAUGAUUGGCUCCAGCGCUGCGUUCCUAACGGCAAGUACUAACUGCGUCUCUGUUGUGCACGGCCAAGUUACUGACAACUGGAACAGUGAGAACGCGAUUGCCUUCCCGAAUGCCGUCUAUGGCCCUACCAAGAUUCUCCAGCACUGGUACACCAAGACCAUUGCCAUUGCCGAGCCGUGGCUCACGGCAUUCCCCAUUGAUCCUGGUUUUGUCCAAACGGAAAUGGGAAACCGCGGCGCCCGAGCCUUUGACCUCGAACAGGCCAGCAUUACGGUGGACGAGAGUGUGCAGGGCGUCGUCAAGGUCAUUGACGCGUCCACCAAGGAGACGCAUUCCGGCAAGCUCUUCCUGUGGACUGGCGAGGAGGUACCGUGGUAA